AUGCCUCUCUACGAACUAUUCUGCAUAGCAGUCCACAACCCCGUCUCCUCUGUCAACUUGCGAGGCAUCGUUAACACGGUCUCGACCCAAGUUCACCAAUCCGGUGGUGUCGUCCGGGACUUGAAGAACAUGGGGCUGAACUUGACACUGCCGCAAAGGAUACGGAGGAUGAGGCAGUACUACACGAAGGGAGAUCAUUUCACAAUGGCCUUUGACACCUCGCCAAUCGUCUUGAAACGCAUCAACGAAACACUCAGAAGUGACCCCUCCAUCAUCAAAUGGACAGUACUCAAGCGUGCCCAGAAAGUCAAGGAUCUGGCGGCUCCUAGAAAUCCAUCAAUCGAGUUCCAGGAGAUCGGGGUGGCCGACAAGCACACGCCUUUCUAA